CCCACAUGGCCUGAUCCCCCGGGGGGCACCAUGUGGGGCAGCUUUACUCUACUGUGGAUCCUCCACGCGGGAUGUGCAGCCCUCGGAGCCCAGAAGAGGAUUCCCACGGACACGGUUAAAGGAUGGGCUGAUACGUUCGGCGGUGAAACGUACUCCAUGGUGGCUAAAUAUUCGGGGUCUCUCCUGUUGCAGAAGAAGUAUAAAGAUGUGGAGCCCACGCUUCGUAUCGAGGAGGUUGACGGUCUGGAAUUAGUCCGGAAGUUCUCUGAGGAAAUGGAGAGCAUGCUGAGGAGGAAGGUCGAGGCCGUACAGAGGCUGGUCGAGGCUGCAGAAGAAGCCGAUUUAGAUCAUGAAUUUAAUGCUUCCUUAGAGUUUGAAUACUACAAUUCCGUGAGAAUAAACGAGAAGGACGAAAAUAAUAAUUAUCUGGAGCUCGGAAAUGAAUUCAUUCUGGAGACCAAUGAGCAUUUUAAUAAUCUGAUGGUGAACACAACUCUCAGCAACAUCCAGCUUCCCACCAAUGUCUAUAAUAAAGACCCAGAUAUUCUGAACGGCGUUUACAUGUCUGAAGCACUAAACCCUAUUUUUGUGGACAAUUUCCGACGGGACCCGACUCUCACCUGGCAGUACUUUGGCAGCUCCACUGGCUUCUUCAGGCUUUAUCCAGGUAUUAAAUGGGUCCCGGAUGAAAAUGGAGUGAUCUCGUUUGACUGCAGGAACCGGGGCUGGUACAUCCAAGCAGCCACUUCCCCGAAGGAUAUAGUAAUAGUGGUUGACAUCAGCGGUAGCAUGAAAGGGUUAAGGAUGACCAUCGCCAAGCAUACCAUCAGCACUCUGUUGGACACACUGGGGGAGAAUGACUUUGUGAACAUCAUCGCGUACAAUGAUUAUGUCCAUUACAUCGAGCCGUGUUUCAAAGGGAUCCUCGUACAAGCGGACAGGGAUAACCGAGAGCACUUCAAACAGUUAGUGGACGAGUUGCAGGCAAAAGGUGUCGGAACCGUUAAUAAAGCUCUCAUCGAAGCCUUCAAAAUCCUAAAAGAGUUCCGUGAAGCAGGUCAGGGUGGGCUUUGUAACCAGGCCAUCAUGCUGAUAACGGACGGCGCGGUGGAAGAUUACGAGCCGGUGUUUGAGAAGUACAACUGGCCGGAUAGAAAAGUACGGAUGUUCACGUAUCUCAUAGGCAGAGAGGUGACGUUCGCGGAGAACGUGAAGUGGAUCGCCUGCAGCAAUAAAGGCUACUACACUCAGAUCUCCACUCUGGCCGACGUCCAGGAGAACGUCAUGGAGUACCUUCACGUGCUGAGCCGGCCGAUGGUAAUCAACCACGACCACGAUAUUAUCUGGACAGAGGCCUAUAUGGACAGCGCGCUCUUCGCAUCCCAAGCUCAGAGCCUUCUGCUGAUGACCACGGUGGCCAUGCCUGUAUUCAGCAAGAAAAACGAGACGAGAUCAGAAGGGAUCCUUUUAGGCGUGGUGGGAUCGGAUGUGCCCCUGCGCGAACUCCUAAAGCUGGCCCCUAGGUAUAAGCUUGGUGUCCAUGGCUAUGCCUUCCUGAAUACCAAUAACGGGUAUAUUCUUUCUCAUCCUGACCUUCGCCCCCUGUACAAGGAAGGGAAAAAGCUCAGACCGAAGCCGAAUUACAACAGCGUGGACCUUUCCGAGGUGGAGUGGGAAGAUCGGGACGAGAUUCUUCGGACCGCCAUGAUCAACGGUGAGACGGGGUCCCUGACCAUGGAGGUGAAGGUGCCGGUCGAUAAAGGGAAACGCGUCCUGUUCCUGACCAGCGAUUACUUCUACACGGACAUCAGUGACACCCCAUUCAGUCUUGGGGUUGUGUUGUCGAGAGGACACGGAGAGUAUAUUCUUAUCGGGAACACGUCCAUGGAAGAAGGGCUGCAUGAUCUUCUUCAUCCAGAUCUUACCCUGGCCAACGAAUGGAUAUAUUGUAUCACUGAUAUAGACCCUGCUCACCGGAAGCUAAACCAGCUGCAGGCCGUCACUCGGUUUCUGAUGGGAGAAGAUCCCGACUUGGAGUGUGAUGAAGAACUGGUUCAGGAGGUCCUGUUUGACGCGGUGGUCACUGCUCCACUGGAAGCCUAUUGGACGCAGCUGGCCCUAAAUAUGUCCGGCCAAGACGAAGGGAUAGAAGUUGCGUUUCUGGGAACGCGGGCUGGACUUAUGAGGACAAAUCUGUUUGUGGGGCCGGAGCGGCUGUCCAACAAGAAGUUCCUCCAUUACGAAGAGAAGGAGAGUAUUUUUACGAUGGACCAUUUCCCGCUGUGGUACAGAAGGGCCGCGGAGCAUCCGGCGGGGAGUUUUGUGUUCCACGUGCCGACAGACGACAGCCCAGAAGGAGGUCAGAGGCCGGAAGUGGUGACCGUCAGCACCGCCAUAUCUGUUUCCGUGGACGGCAAGACGGCCAUCGCGGCAGCUAUUGGGGUCCAGAUGAAACUUUCCGUGCUGCAGGACAUAUUCUGGAGGGUGACACGGCAGCCCAACGACACUGACUGCGGCGGCGUGGAUGGUCUCUGUCCCCUGAGCUGCGAGGAUGAGACCCUGGUUUGCUACUUUAUUGAUAAUAACGGCUUCAUUGUGAUAGCCAAGGACCCAGACAAGGCUGGAGUGUUCCUCGGAGAAGUUGACGGUUCCCUGAUGACCCAACUCCUGCACAUGGGGAUAUUCCGACAGGUCACUCUGUAUGAUUACCAGGCUAUGUGUAAGCUGCCGUAUAACCAUCACAGUGGAGCACGAAGCCUCCUCAAUCCGCUGUUCGCGUUGAUGUCAGCCGCUCAGUGGCUUCUCAGCAACCUUGUGCUGUUUUUGCUGGAGUUCAGUUUCUGUUCGUUCUGGGCUUCUGAUAACACAGCAGAAGCAAAGUCAUUCUUCCAUCACUCUCACAAACACAAGAAGCAGGACAUGCUACAGCCGUGUGACACGGAGUACCCUGCCUUCGUACAUGAGACCUCAAUCCAGGAGGCCAACGGACUGAUAGAGUGCGGGGACUGCCAAAAGAUGUUCGUGAUGCAUCAGGUGUCGUACAGCAACCUCCUCCUCCUGGUCAGCGACUCCACCUGUGACUGCAGCGUCUUCCCACCCGUCCUGCUCCAAGCCAAAGAAGUCAAAUAUAACGCUUCCGUGAAGUGCGACCGCAUGCGCUCCCAGAAACUGAGACGCCGGCCCGAGUCCUGCCACGCGUUUCACGCAGAGGAGAACGCGCAGGACUGCGGCGGGGUUUCCGGGCUGUCCUCGUCGGUUCCGCUGCUUUUUGGAGCACUCGCUGUAUCCCUGCGGUGACCGGAGCUGCUUCCCUGCACCGAGUACUCUCUAAAAGUCCUACUCCUGGGACCCCUCGGAUUAUACAUCAUGUGCUGCGACAAAGCGGUCCAUUAUCUAUGCAACACGAAUGAAAAACUUCGGGG